AUUGCAGAGAUAGUAUGCCGCUGAGUAAACCAGGACAAAUCACCAUCGAAAAGACACCCGGAUACUACAUAACAGAAGAAGCACCUGAACGGAUACACAAGCUAGACAAAAACAUGAAACUCAUCGUCGUCGUACGCGACCCAGUCAUCCGUGCAAUAUCCGACUACGUUCAAUCAGUCGCAACAGGUCGACGAAAAGAGAACGAAUUUGAGAGACUGGCCAUCCCUGAUCCGAAGACGGGGGUCGUCGAUGACAAUUAUUACGCUCUCAUGGUCGGAAGGUACGCGGAUCACUUAGAACGUUGGUUAAAAUUCUUCCCGCUUUCGCAGUUCCUGUUCAUCAGCGGCGACGAGAUGAUUAAGAACCCCGUCCCGCAGCUGAUGAAGCUUCAAAGGUUCCUCAAGAUCGAUACCAUCAUCGAUGAAAGAUACUUUGUGUAUAAUUCCACCAAGGGGUUCUACUGCAUGAAGAAGUCCGUUGAGGACACCACGGCGGACUGUCUCGGGGAUACCAAGGGCCGCGAGCACCCUCACAUUUCACCGUCCGUCAUUCAUAAAGUCUAUAGAUAUUUCAAACCCCACAAUGAGAGGUUCUACUCCAUGAUUGGGCAAAAUUUUCACUGGGGCGAGGAGAAGAGGAGAUAGUACAGGCUGAAUGAAUUGCAUAGAGUAUGAUCAUAGUUUAUAAAUGGUAUGUUGUCGAAGAAUAUAUUGUUCAUGUGGCAAUCUGCAAUGUAUCCUUAGUAUAGUUAACAUUGUAUAUUAGAUAGUAUAUGGCAUAGUGAUAAUGAUAUGUCCAUUUAUACAUGCAGAGCUGCCAACCAGUACGUUUAUUUUUUUUUUUUUACAUUGACAAAAAAUUU